UUUUAUUUUUUUAUAUAUUACACAUCGGGUGUCUGAAAUCAUUGGUGACUAAUCCGGAUUCGAAACGUGUGAAAACUGUACAUACUAUGCGAAUACAUAAGCGUGGUUUUCCUGUAGGGUUUUUCUACAAACACGUACGGGUUGCACUCGAUCAAAAUCUAACCUACAUCGAAUAAUUUGUUCAACUUUGAUCAUUAAAUCAUGUCCUUUGAUUAUUCACCAGAACGGUCAACGACGUUGACGAACCCUUGCCUGAGGUUGGCCGACAAUGCUUUGCUCGAGAACGUCAAAACCCGCGGGGCAAACGCCGACAACGCCGCCGUCGUUGGAUAGCCGUGGGAUGUUCCGGACCCUUGUUGGAUCGGGUCCUUGAGUUUGCCGGAUCGGAGAACCUGGAAGAAUUGAAAUCAAGGUUUUCAGCUGCUACGCGAAUUGCUAAUAGUGGUCAAAGCAACGGAGGCUGCCCGGAGAUAUCGUUCGCGACCGGAGUUUGGGUUGACAAACGUUUCAGUUUCAAAGAAUCCUACCAGAAAUGCAUUACGGAUACUUUUAAAUCUCGCCCCAACAUCGAUCCAUGACUUCGUCAAUCAGACUUUGGUGGUCAGCCCGAGGAAGCUGUGAAGGAAAUUAACUCAUGAGUGGAGUCACAGAGCAGGGGCCGUUUUGGAGGCAUCAUUGAAGAAAUUAAACCUUUGACCUCUGUAAUUCUCGCAAAUGUGCUCUACUUCAAAGGAACUUGGUUUGAUGAAUUCGAUGCUGAAUGCAGUGAAGAAAGGGAUUUCUACCUUGACAAUGGAGACAAGAUUCCAGACGUCGUGUUCAUGACUAGCCCAGUUUCCUAUCGGUACGGAUCAUUCUGAGGAUUUCAAAGUCCUCGAAAUCCCGUAUCAAACAGGAAACAAGGAUCAGAAACCCAAGAAGAAUGCUGCACCCACAUUCUCAAUGCAAUUCAUCCUCCCAAAACAGGUAGAUGGCUUGCAGAAUCUACUCGAAAAGUUUGACUCAAAAGGGCUUGAUUUUGAACUGAAAAAGACUUAUCUUGAUGUACUCUGGAUACCUAGAUUCACAUUCUAUUACACCCUCAGAAACAUAAAGAUUUCCGUUCAUGGAUGAAGAAGAAGAUAUGACGGAGAUGUUCGAGGAGGCAGGGCAUCCCUUCUUUCCAAGCAUUGUUCAAAGAGUGUUUGUUGAAGUGAAUGAGGAAGGAACAGAGGCAGUAGCUGUGACUGACAUGGGUUUUUCGCUAGAUUCCGAGGUGAUCGUGCGGGAAUUGAAGACUUUUGUGACUAAUCAUCCUUUCAUGUUCAUCAUCAGAGAGGAUAGAUCUGGAUUGGUUCUGUUUACCGGAGUGGUUAUGAAUCCACUGAAAGAUUGAUCAGCUGGAAUUUUCCUUGUCAAGGGAAUCGCAUUUUGGCUUAGUUUUUUUUUUUUAGUACUCCCUCUGUCCCAAAAUUAUUGUCCAGUUUGAGAUUUCAUUUUUAGUGUAAUUUAAACUAGAAAUGAAAACUCAAACUGGACAAUAAUUAUAGGACGGAAGUAGUACGAGUUUUUGAGGGAUUUCUACAUAUGGGUAUAAUAAGGUUUAUGGUCGACAACAACAUACCCAUUGCAUUUCGAAAGAGACUGUGUUCGUUAUUUUAAAUUUUUAAUCCCUAGCUUAAGGUGCAAAAAGUAGGAAUCAAAUGAAAAGUUAGUAGAUUUAGCUUCAGUAAUUAAUCAAAGAAAAAUGAAUGUGAAGAGGGAGAAAUUUAUCAUAUGAUGAUGGCCAAAUGGGAAAAGAAAAGUUAACUUUGCAUUUGUUUUAUUAUAUUUAGUCCUGGAUAGAUAGAUGAUGAGGUAUCCUAAAACGACCAGAAUAGGCGCAUCAUUCUUCACUUGUUUUCUUCCAUACAUAUUCGUCUCCUACAAGAUUACUCUGGUCCCCAAGGGCUGCUGUCAUUUGAUUCUGGAAAUCUAGAAUUUUUAGAGGUAAAGAAGUUCUACAAGGCUGAAAAGACAGGAAAAGAAUCUUAAGAUAUAACAAGUUGGAUAAAGAAGCAGAAUAACAAUGUAUGGAAAGAAACGCUUUCCAGAAAUUCCAAAAGCCCACCACAUGUAAAAGCAUCAAAACCGCCAACUUUUUAGCCUAAAUGUUGUUACUCUGCGGCAAAUGUACGCACACUUUGGCACCCUCACACAAACUUAGCGUUUAGAAUUUAUAGUGAACACAGGGCUUCAUAUGGUUUUCACCUUAUUUAAUUUCUCUUUAGUUCCUCUUUUCAAUUUCCUAUGUCUAGCUUGAAGCUCAACAAAUUCCUGCCCACAAGGAAGGCUUGGAGGGUCUUCACUCGCAAGCUGCAGACCAAGUUUCCCAGGUUUCAUCAUUCCAAAACUAUCAGAACAACUUCCAAAAGGCAGUGUACUCUUGUCCGGAAGACGAGCACAAAAGGAUCUUUCUGGCCUGCUUUUUGUAUCCAUCGCAAGCUAUUCAAGCCUAAGAAGACUACACGAACGCGCCAUUACCACUCCUACUGCUUCCAGCAAAGGCCUUCUGCUGUAUAUAUCGAUCAGCUGUUUAUCGAGCCUGCAGUUUCGACAGUUCAAGAGUACCUGCCCCCAGACUUGGAGGCUGCAGCAUCAAAACUGCUGUACAAGGAGGAGGAGGAAAUAUGUCAAUCUUCAUCAGUGUCUGUUGAUCGACGAGAUAACAGUGGAAAUGCGCUGUUUAAAGGAAAGGGAAAACUCGACGAGCCUACAACGAAUUCAGCAGAUGAUAUGUGGGAAUCGCUGGUAUUGGAAUCACCACAACAGAUGAAGGGGAUAAACGAGAGAGCAGAGGAAUUCAUAAAUAAAUUUCGCGCAGACAUGAUGCUUCAGGAGCGGAGGCUCGCUCGUCACUUGUAGCAACUCAUUUUGCAACUCAAGUUCUCCUUUGUGUACCAAGUAGUUUGCUUCGGAAUGAAAGAAAGAUAUGAAUAGUAUAACAAAAUUAGUGUCUUGUAAAAUCAUACUGAAAGCACACAGAGGCGUAGAUUAAUCUAUGUACAGCCUACAUAAUAAACAUCUUCCAUAAACCAUUACAUUCUAUCUAACUCUACUAUGAACUUCUUCAAUGGGUUCUCAAUUCUCAUAAUAAGGUCUCAACGAGCACUGAUGGUGAACCUCAGCUGAGGAAGUCCUUCAUUGGAUCAUCAUGAUGCACUCUCUUCAACCUAUAUGCUUCCAUCUCCUCAGCAGUGGUCUAAAAUACAGACAGCAAUAAGAUCACAUAUGAGUAAGCAAACAAACAGACAAACAAACAAAUGAAGCUGAAAAUUGGAGAGCAAUGCACAAACCUCAUCAUUCCACUUCACAUUGUAUUUCCGCUUCCUUUCAUCUUUCUCUUCCCUUCUCCUUGCAUCUUCCUGCUCAACAGAGAUACAGGUUAAAUAUCAAGUUAUACUCGAAAAUCCAUUUCCAAAUACAACGCUUAAGUAUAAUUUUUACCUUCUUUAGUGCUUCAGCUACU